AUGAGGAGUCAUUACUUGCACGACUGCGAGGAUGUAGAAGAAGGGCGUUGGAUUUGUCCAAACGUAUGCGGUCGCAGCUACAAACACAAAGGUCACUUAAGUUUUCAUUUAGCUCGUGAAUGCGGAGUGGGUCCACAAUACACAUGUGCACAAUGUCUGAAGCAUUUUAAGCGGAUCAGCCACCUGAACAGUCAUUUGUUGUCGUGCGGUAACCCGGCGCCUCGUUUUCAGUGUGACAUUUGUUAUAAAAUUACAAGGAAAGAACCAAACAUCACGAAAAAAGCAAAAUCAAAAAAAAAGAAGAAUGAGAAAGCAAAAAAAAACAUGGUGUGUGCUGUUUGUUCAAAAUCGUUCCAAAACAAUUCUUCAUUAAAUAGACAUUUACACACUCAUGUACGAUCUAAAGGUAUUCUCACACAGUACAAAUGCGAAAAUUGCGACAAAUAUUUUGCCAAAAAACAAAACAUGAAAACACACAAAGCUCUUUUACACGGAGUUUUGGAAUAAUCAAAACAAAAUUGUAUCCUAUAAAAUGUACUUAAAAAAAGUGUCAAAUUUUGUAUUCUUUUAUACUUUUUAAUGUUUGUGACUUGCAGCCAGCAUAAUAUUUAAA